AUGUUCCAUUCGAAUCUUGCAAAAUUUUCAAAUAUGCGCACGUUUCGACCUUCUAUUCUUCUAAUCUUAGUCAAAAUGGUUGUCGGAGAAAGCAUAAAUAACAUAAUGGGUGGUUUAGAAAACACAGGGACAGUCAAACAGCACAAUCACAAAAAGAAAUUAAGACAGAGGUUUGACAUAAUAAAAAAACUGGGGCAAGGAACAUUCGGAAAGGUGCAGCUGGGAAUAAACAAAGAGACUGGUCAAGAGGUUGCUAUUAAAACCAUAAAAAAAUCUAAAAUAGAAUCGGAAGCGGAUUUAAUUAGAAUUAGAAGGGAAAUUCAGAUAAUGUCUUCAGUACAACAUCCCAACAUAAUACAUAUUUACGAAGUUUUCGAAAAUCGAGAAAAAAUGGUACUCGUGAUGGAAUACGCAGCCGGAGGUGAACUUUACGAUUAUUUAUCCGAAAGAAAAGUCUUAAAAGAAGAAGAAGCUCGCAGAAUUUUCAGACAAAUCUCAACUGCUUGCUACUAUUGCCAUAAACACAAAAUUUGCCACAGAGAUCUAAAGCUAGAAAAUAUUUUACUCGAUGAAUAUAACAAUGCCAAGAUUGCUGAUUUUGGAUUAUCAAAUGUCUUCGACGAUCAAAGAUUGCUGAGCACGUUUUGUGGUUCCCCACUGUAUGCUUCACCUGAAAUAGUUAAAGGAACCCCGUACCAUGGCCCUGAAGUGGAUUGCUGGUCUCUAGGCGUUUUGCUUUACACUCUAGUGUACGGUGCUAUGCCAUUUGAUGGUAGCAAUUUCAAAAGAUUGGUGAGGCAGAUAUCUCAAGGGGAUUACUUCGAACCAGCCGAACCCAGCUCUGCGUCUCAAUUGAUAAGAGAAAUGCUGACAGUGAAUCCAAAGCUUCGUGCCGAUGUCGAGAAAAUCUGCAGCCAUUGGUGGGUGAACGAAGGCUACUCCGACAAUUGCUUGGACAUAUCGGAGGAACUUGCGAAUCAAACGCCGGUUAGGCUCGACGUGCUUCUAUCCUUGGCGCCUCCGGCUCCGCAAUUGGAAAGCGAGAAACUCAUGGUAACGGACGAAGAACAAAACGCCAAACAAGAAACACCCGCCCCUCCUACUAGAUCUCAGUCUGUUGGCUCCCUGAUGGAAAUGGCGAAUCCGGCCGAAAGGAGAAUCAUCAAUAUGCUACUGGAAGAUAAGAUGACCCCGAAGAGGAAAUUGGAAACUACCGUUAGCACUGACAGAGUUAAUUUGGACAAACGAAAAGAGAAGAUAGUGAAGGAAAAUACUGUUGCUGAUAUAACGGUACACGGGCAACAAGACGUGGGCGAAAUGAAACCAGCACCGUUAGAUAAGAGCUCGACUCAAACGAUAUCCAAAGAAAUGGAAGUAGAAACGCCCGAGGCUAUGGAUCCGAGUCUGCAAGGAGCUGCCUGCUCCGAGCUGUUGGAGGAAACCGAAAAGAAAAAGAACCAGAAGGUGAAAAAGUCGUUGACGAAAACUCUAAUGAACAGUAAUUUGGAGAACAUCAACGAAAUUCCGAGCCAAGAGAACAUCGCGGAUACGAUAAACAAGGAAAAUGUUAAAUCAACGGCCGAAGAAGUUAAGAAACCAUCGACCGAAACUAAAGCACCGGCGAAGAAAAAGGUCAUUGCAAAGAAAGUGCUGACCGAUCAGAACGAAAAUGCAGCCGAACAAACGCCACAAAUUCCUAAAAUCGAAGAAAAACCCAAAAAGGAAAGUUCCCCUCAAGAAACGAAGGAAGCGGAUCCGGAUGCGCCCUCGAAACCGAUAGAAAGAAGACGAUCCAGAAUAUUCGAAGCCGCCGAAAAGUUCCAAAAUCUCAUCUCGCCCACUGAAAGUAAACCAGCGACGUCGGAAAAACCGAAGAAGAUUCUAAUACCGGGCGUUAGCGUCGACGGAUUUAAGAAAGAAUUCGAACGCAAAGCUAGCCUAACGUCGACCGCCCCUCCGAAAUUAAAAGGUGCCUUAACCAAGAAAAUACCCGUCAAGAAGCCGGAAGACAAGAAGGACACAGUCGAGACUGCGGAAAAAUGCCAAGCGGAAACCCAAGAGACUGACGAAGAGAAACAGAAGCGCCUACGAAACGCCGUCAAUAUCAUAUCGAGUGCCUUAGAUAAAGAGGGAACGAGAAAAUCGAAAUCGCGGCCUUGCAUCGAACGAAAGCCGCCCGUGCCGUUCGGCGUCGGCGGCCGAUCGGCGUCGGGCAACAUCGCCAUGAUAACGCCCGCGUCGCCGCCGUCGGGCCCGAAGCCCUACGUUCCGCCCAAAUUCGCCGAGCCGCCCGUGCAAAAGGCCGAGGAGAAAGUCGAAGUGGCCGAAGACGGCGAGAUUUCCGGCGAUUUGAACGCGAAGAGCGCCACGUUGCCGAGGAGGAAAACGGCCAAGGCGGAGAUUCAUUUGAAUUAUCCUGUUCCUAAACCCGCGCACAUGACAUUCAAGACUGAAGUGGCCCGUAACAUCGAAGGUUAUCCGCCACAGACUACGGAAAUUAUCGCGGAAAUUACCCUACCGAGACCGGAGGGGCCGAAUUCGAGCAAAGAACGAGUUAUUCCGAUUUCUUUCGAGAGGGAAGAGAGCCAGGAGACCGUGCAAACGCCGCCCGUCAAACCUCCUGCAGCAAGAGUUUUCCAAACGCAGAAAUCCAGCGGCUCUCAAAAAUCAAGCCUGUCCAGGCAAUCCACGCAGGAUUCGGACAACGAAACGGUCACAUCUACUGGAGAACCCAUUCGAAAAUCGCCCAGGGAGUACAUAAUACCGAUAGCCGUCGAAGGUGGAGGCUACGUCACGCCUAGAGCUGGCAGUUUGGAGCCCAGUGAUACAGCAAGUACUACCAGUACUAUGGCUAGCAGGAGUAAAUCCAAGUUCGGACGUGCUAGACGAUUCAAUUCGUUCUUCAGCGAAAGAGACUCCGAGGACGACUCGUUUUCGUUCCACACUCACAAGGAUAGCGACACCGAGGAUUCCAGAAAGGAUGCUUUCCACAGGUUAAGGAGCACUCGUCCUAAAAAAGCGACAAUGGACCACGCAGAAUCCAUCAGUUCCGGCGACGAAGAUGACGAUGAUGGUUUUGAAAUUUUAACCGCCGAAAAUUUGUUCUCGACAUUAUUGUCCAGGGUAAGAGAUUUGACUCAAAGGUUGAACGUCGAUGAAGGGAUGAGACCGGGUUUUCCCAGCAGUAAAUUUUUCAGCCAUUUCGACCACGGAACAAAUUUCUUUAAUAGAAUUGAACACCCCUUAUCUAGGCACUCAUCGUUGGGCAGAACUUUUGGACGGGAUAGGCCCACUGUGACCAAAACGGCUGUUGGUAAUAGUUUCGGAGUGCCUUGGAGACGAAGCGUCAGUCGCGAUUUGGCCUCUGACAUAGAUACCGUAUUUAAAGGUCCCAAUGAUGCUCCCGCUUCUCGUCCGACCGAUCAUCCGACCGAAGAAAACCUUAAUUUAGCAGAUCUAGAUUUAAAAAAAUUAAAAUUGUCCGACGAAGACGCCCUGGCGCUGUCUUACCUCACCCCCGGCUUAUCGAAGCGCAUCCAAAAGCAGCUGCUCGCCCAAUUAGCGCCGUCAGAAGCCAGAAAAUUGCACCGUACGAUGUCCUCUCGCACGUCCGAAGAACCGACGCCCGGCAGAUCGACCUUGCCCAGACGCUACUCCGUCGAAACCAAUUCGAAUUCGAAGGAAGCCGACGCCAGGGGAGCCCAAAGAUCCUUCUUGCCGGUGAAGCGGGAGGAUUACAAACCGUCGGAGUACAGCAUCAGAUCCUCCAGCAUAGGCGCCGAGCCUAGAUGCGACAGCAAAUUCCUUAGGAAGCCCAAAGUAGUUAGCAAAUCGGUGUCGCUUCGCGAACCUAAAACUUACUCGUCGAAAUCGGAUUUGCAAAGUCCGGAUUCGAGCGUGUCCGAGAGCGUGUCCACUUCCUACAAGAACGACAGCUCCAAAUGCGUAUCGGAAUCGUCCAUGUCCAGGCCGUAUUCGAAGUAUUCCUCGGAAUCGCUGUAUUCGCGGUACUCGCCGAACAAGUCGCUGGAAACGAUCGAUUCCGGCAAAAUCGACGCGCAAAAACCCAAAAGGCACUCAAGGUUCCUGAGACCCGACUUUUACGAAGGCCAAAAAGAGGAGAACGUCUAUCUCAGGGAUAAGAAAGAACGCGAAAUGGAGACGCAAAAGGUCCUAAAGGAAAUAAGGGACAAACGGAAGAGUCGUUUGUGCUCGAAGAGGCGAGAGGAAUCGCAAAAUCGCGACAAUUCGGAGAAAUCCGAAGAUCAAUCACUCGCUGAAUUAGAUACAACGGCCGAUGUGCUACUAAAUCAGGUAUCUGAUAGCAUUAAAACUUUAGAAAGCGCGAAUAACAUACACGAUUACGUAAACGUGCCUGGUACCAGUGGUAGUACAGAUAUUUUACAUGACUACGUUAACGUUAAGAGUUCCAAUACUCCCGUUAAGAAAGAAAAACAAUCCAAAAUAGCCAGACCGAAAUCGUAUCCAGCGGAAACGCAGCCCGUUCGCGCUUCGCCGGAAAAAGAAUCCAAACUGAGCAAAAUCAAAAAGGGCUUCAGCAAGAACCGAGAGCCAAAAAAAUCGUCUACAGAAGAAGAAAAAGGUCAAAAAAACAAGCUUCUUCAGACUCUAGAGAAGAAGCUGGAAAAGUUUCGAACGUCCAAAGACACCCAAGCCGCGCAAGAAAAAAAGUCCGGCGUCGAGAACGCUAUAAAGCGACUGAGAGAACAAAGUUUACCCAGAAACCUCGAGCACUGCACCGAAUCCGGGCUGCUGAAGCGCGCCGUAUCCGUGGAGGAUCUGUCCGGCAACAAAACGUUGCAACCCUCGCGGAAAUCCGUCACGAAGAUCCUGGGACUCUUCAAGAAAUACGAAGAACAGGAGAAGAAGAAGGCCACGAAGAAGCCCAAGAACAAAACCAACGGCGAUGCGACUCCGAACGACAACCACAAGAAGGAGCGCCCCAAAUCCCUGCUCAUCGAUAAACUCAAGCAAUAUCCGCUGGGCGAUAGAGACGCCAAGGCCAAGUCGAAGUUGCCCACCAACACCAACGCCUACAGGAGGAGCCUCAACUUGGACAACAUCGCCGACGCGACGAACAACAAUGCGACUUCGAAGCCGGACAGGCGGAACCUGCAAUUGGACUUGAGCGCCGUACAAGCGAAGUGCGAGCCCGCGGCCGGUUCGAGCGCCAUCGAGGACUCGGCGAAUUUCAAUUACAACGACAACAGGAGCUCGCUGGCGAUGACGGACGACAGUUCGACGGUGCUUUCGCCGUCCGACGAUUACCAGAGUUGCGACAGCUGGUCGGUGAUGUCGGAGUAUCAGAACGUCAACGAUCUGCACUCGCCGCUGUCGCCCAACGGGUACUUGUACUCGGGCGACGAGAACGAGUCGGUCAUCGACAGGAUAAGGCGGAAGAGUUUCUAUACGAGAUUCAACGAGAAGAAGCGGACCAGAAAACCGAGCUCGUACAACUUGGAUUUGGGCUACAAGGGCUCGACUGAUUAUAGUUCCUUGGAUAGAGGUAGUUACGGUUACAGAUCUUCGAUUAAUCGUAGGCCCAGUUACAUAGCAACUGCUCAAGAUCCCGUUAGAACUUACAGGCCGUACUCGAGAAGCUCGUCCUUACUCAACGAUUACGUUAACGUUCCCAAUCGUUAUCAGACGUACAAUUCGAAAAUCUCCAGGCCCGUUUCUUCUUUAUAUUCCGACUGUGAAGAUAACUUGGACGAUUUCGUGCCGACUGCUAAACCUAGACAAUACAGUUUAUCAACGCAGCCGACGAGGUUAGGUCGAAGAUCCGUUUCACCGGCUAACGAGUUUUACCUGGGUCAUCCGACGUCCCCGCUGGUGUCGCCAAAUUCUCCGGAUAUUAAUUAG